GGAUAGGUUGGGUUGGAGAGAGUUGAAGCUUAGAGUUCAGAGUUAAGCAGAGGGGUACGACACACAGUCAUACAGCUAACACACCGUCGCGAGACAUGACACCACAGAGUUGCGGCUGCUGUGCUCGCCUUCCCGCGCCUGCUGCAGUUGCUGGCCGUUUGCCCGUCGAUAGCGUUAGGUUGCGUGAUGAUGGUGGUGCCGCGGGCUCCUCCAUGGGGACGGGGAAGGCGGUCGGAAUCUGGACCAGGUUCAGGGUUGGGAUUGCGGGCGAGAUGGAAGCGGCGGCUGUGGACUACCCCCGCGCCUCGGGAGGCAGCAGCGCCGUGGUGACAGUCGGCUUGGCGCGCAGUUCGGUGGGCGGCGAUCGGACUGGCGGACGAUUACGAUGGUGGAGGCGCGUGCGGCGGCGGUGGCGGAAGGAGAUGGCAGGGGUGAGGGGAGCAGGAGAGGAGGCGGGAAAGAUGCUGCGUGGCGGACGGUGGUUGCGCUCCGGGGCCAGUGGGAGCGGGAGAGCCACAGAGAAUGUUCUACGGCGCGCCUUCGCCGACUUCGAGCCGUCAUUGUCAAUCGCCGUUCCGCUCGAUGGUUGGAACGGUGGGGAAGGAGUUGAUCUGUGUGACGAAGUGAUGACCGAGAGUUGCGGCGGUUGUUUGGGUUGGAGAGAAGGGACGGUAGGAGGCGGGGAGGAGGAGAGAGAGGAGAUAGGAGAAGAGGAGGACGAGGAGAAAGGAGGAGACGGUGACGUGGCAAGACAUGGCGCGACGAUCGUUUCAACUUCCCUCGUCGUUGUGGGAUUGCUCGCGAGCGGCAGGGCCGAAGCCGGUGAUUGGCCGCCGCGGAAAACGGGGCCUGAGCGGCGGCACCUGAGAAGGCGGGAGGACUUGCUAACGGGGGAGAGAGACCAGCAAUCGGCGGGCGACCGGUGGAUGUGGCGGAAAGCCGGGGGGGGGGGCGGUGCGAGCGGCGCGCGCGCGCACGAACAAUCACCGAUCAUCGUUGCAGACAAGGAGAGGAUGACCUUUACGAUCGACUUAGCGGCCGCAAAGCGACGGAUGGAUGCCACGUGGCACUGGGGCAGGAGGGCGAUCGGACGGACGAUGGCAGGUGUUGGGGAGAUGAUGGGGGGCAGGGUCGAUUUGAGCAACGCGGCGAAGAGCGCUUCGAGCCGCGUGAGAGAGGCGAAGCGCGCCACAAACGUUACGGUCCGUAAGUAUCAGAGGAAACUGGAGAGGCUAUCUCAGCCGUUAAGGGCGAGUGUGGUGAUCGGUCCGGAUGGAAGGAUACGGGCGACGACACGUGGCGAGCAGGCCAAGGCUUGGGGGUUGCUUCUUGUGGGAACCAUGAUGACGAUCUUGAUCGGUAGAUGGGUGAUCGUGAUGGCUCGGCGGAACCGAUGGGGAUGGGAGGAGUGGUAUAGCGACGACGAUUAUCGCAAGAAUCCACGGAAGGUGGUGCGCGACCGGUCGCUUGGUGGAAGGGAGGUGGUCGUCGGGGACGGGGAUAACCUAUGGCAAGCACUGAGAGCGAGGUGGAAUGGGCGCGGAAGAAGCGGGGAACCGGGCGGAACGACGGCGGAAGGACGUCGCAGCAGGACUGCCAGCAAUGGCAGAGUACAGCGAACCAUGGGACCUCUGGACGAGGCGGAAGAUCGUGCGACCGCGAGGUCGGAGAGAGUGUUAUUUGCACGCGCCAAGCGCCCGGGUGCUGUCUCCGCAGGCACUCGCAGGAGAGGCAGGGAUGGGAACUCGAAGCCGCCGUGGUGGCCGUCUUCGCCAGAAGCAGCUCCGCGACUGCCUUCGGAAAAGCAGGACAAAUGGCGGGCAGAGGCUGAAGGUGUAUUGAAAUACAUGUUGGAUGCCAGACUUGCUGGUCAGGACUUCAGGGAUUCUGAUUUGCUGGAGGCAAGUUGCCACAUCAGUAGGCCACGCCAGCAGGCCAUGACAGCGGUGCAGUCUUCUGCGGACUUGGAACAAACCGCAACUAUGGACCAUAGGGAAUGGGAGUCUGAUGUGGACGAUUUGUUACGCCGUGAGCCAGGUGAAACCGACGACACCUACAUAGUCCGCCUGAACUCCAUUACUGAGGAGCUCGAGAGCAGACUGGCCGCAAGUACCGCCGCUUGCAAGAAGAGGGAGGCAGAGGCAGAGGAGGCUCGCCGCUUGGUAGAAGAUGCAGCAGCUGCAGAACACAGAGCUCCGCAAAUUACUUUGCCGGUAUCUGUGGCAGCGAACAAGGGACAGCUAGAACAACAACCUGUUGUUGUGGCCGCAGACUCACCGGCCAUCGAUAUUUCGGAACACGUUACCAUGGGCAAGGGUGACAUGGUAGCAGCACCCCGGAGAGAUCCGACAUCGGCGGAGGCAGAGAGGACUCACCUGGCUAACUUGAUGCUGGGCAUGAUGAGAGGCAUCGUGUGGAAUAACACACUGCUGCAGGCACAUCUGCGCACGGAACGACAGCAGCGACAAAAGUACCAGCAAGACAUUGCUGUUUUAACAACUGCCCUCCGCGCCGAAGCAACGCAGCAGCAGCAACAACAUCAACUGUUGAACUCCACUCUCGCACGCAUCAACAACAUUGAGGCUAAUGCCUCAGCAGCGCCAGGCUGCACGACAGACGCGACGAAGCAACUCAAUGAGCGCAUCGAUCACGUCAUCACCAUCAUCGGCGACAUAGGUGUUUUCAAUGGGCCGGACACGAUCAGUAGCACGGUGGACGCCAUCAAGACGGACAUCACCAAGCUGCAGACGAGACCAGACGCUGCUACAAAGACCUACAAGAUGCCGCACUUCGACAUCAGCAAGUUCGACGACUACAACAAGUCGGACGCCUUGACACGGUGGCAACGUUUCCUAACGGAAGCAUCAUGCCGCACGGUCCCAGCAGACGACAUGAUGAAGGCACUCUACUUGCAACUAAUUGGAGGAGUGCAGGCUUGGAUGAACCAUCUGGCGGCUACCAACAAAUGCACCAUCGCCGAACUCCACACGCACAUCACGUGGAAAGAGUUCGAGAAGCUAUGGKUYACYCGGUUCAUGGUCCGCAACGUCGUGAAGGCGGCCAUGAACGAGGUGUACACCUGCUCUCAAGGAAAUAUGCCAACUCGAGACUGGACAACCAAGUGGCAGAAGAUAGUGACCACGCCAGGAUUCGAUUUGAGUUUUCCAAAUCAACGAUCCGAGUUCUUCUCGCGAUCAUGCGCGGGACUGCGGUCGGCACUCGGCAACGAGUACGACUAUGACACGUUCCAGGCCAUUCUGGAUCGUGCGAACUUAGUCAUCCAAACGGAUGACAAGGCCGCAAACGAACGACAGUCCCAACCGCAUUAUGUGGCUAAGCAGGGCUAUCAACGUCUGACACAUAACAAUGCCGUGAUUUCUGAAGAAACAGACGAUCUCCACGCUGCAGCAGCAUCCUCGAGUGAUGGAGGAAUUGUAGCAGCGCUCCCGCCGAAGCGUCCCAAGAGAGUUCGGAAGAACAACGCGACACAAGAGACAACAUCGACGGGAACUGGGCAGCAGCCAUGGACGGCUUACAAGAUAACCAAGGAUGUCUAUAACCUUCGUCAAAAGACCUUGGACGAGGGAGAAGAAAGACGGCUUCGUGCCGAACGUAGAGCCCGUGCUCUAGCAGCAGGACUACAGGAAGCAAACAGAGUGGCAAGAGAGCGGGCAACAACAGCCAGAGCAGCAACAAUGGCUAACGGUACCAGCUCUGCUGCGUCAUCGUCUGUGUCCUCGUCAGGGACUAGUGGGACUCAACUGGGAAUGCCACUGAGUUCCACGAGUUCCUCGGGCACUUCCGGUUCAACAGGGUCUAGACAGUCUUCUAGUCAAAUGGCGGGCUCGCAGUUCAGCCCGUUGACCCCACGUGAGAGGGAGCUCAGAGAGAUCCAGCAGGUCGAGAGGCUCCGCCAGCAGUUAGAGGAGGAUCUGAAGAAAGCAACCGAUAGAGAAAGAGAGAGAAAAAAUAGAGCGGCCAGACUUGAUACGUUAGAGGCUGACAAGGCUGCGUUACAGGGAUUGGACGAAACAGGUUUGUCUGACACCCUGAAAGUGUUGAAGAACAACAUGUUGUCACUGCAUGCGCACGUAGACAACAGGUUGGACUUCAUGCAGAGCACUUUGGACCAGAUCCUGGAUGCAUUGACAAAGCCAGGAUUCCGGCCACCAACACAAUCGUCGUUGCCGUUAUCGGCGAUGUUAGGCCCCUUUCCAGUUCAAGCUGGUACCCAGCCUGGUGGUACGUCUGCAGCAGUCUCACAGACUGUUGCAUCUUCUUCUUCGGGUCCAGCGGUGGUUGCUACACCACCGCAACAACCUGUCUCUCAACAGGGGCAGCAGCAAGGUCAAUGGUACCCCAAGACCGCAAUGAAACCGCCUCUUGCCUUCUCAGGCGAGAGGAAGGACGAGGAACUCAACACAUGGUUGAGGACGGUCCCGGUUUGGGUGAAGGCCAAAAGGAGCUUGCCAGAGGAUGAAGUGGUAACUGCGGCAUCUUACCUAGAGGGUAAGGCAUCCAAAUGGUUAGAUGGGGUAGUUGUGAAAGCCGGCUACGGGCGACGCAUGGCGGACUGGGCCAAGUCUUUGACUCUAGACCAGUUCAUGGAGAUGGUAGAAGCUCGAUGGCAUAACCCACAGGAGGCGCAAAGGGCCACUGAUGCCAUAAAUAAACUAGACCAGCGCAAGUUUCGGUCAGUUAGAGAGCUUACGACUACCGUUGAAAGCCUGAUCCUCGUCUCGGGCAUCAACUAUAGUGACCAGUUCCUGUUAACUACUUUCAUUAGAUGUCUUCCAAAGAACAUCAGGAACUUACUAGCCAGUGAGGCACGCACCGAGUACCACUCAUUUGAGACAUUGUCUAGGAAGGCUUUAGAUUUGGAGGCCACGCUAGGCAAUGCUCAACCCACCUCAGGAAAUGACUCAAAGAAGAAGAAGAGUCCUCAGGAGUGGAAGAAGAAGGGGGCGAAGUUGAUGAUGGUGGAGUCUGAUGGGACUCAAACAGAGAUCGACGAGCUCUCUGACCUGGUGGACUACACCGAGUUUGACGGCGAGGAGAUAGCUGAGGGUAGCACCCUCGCCGCGGUAGUAAAGACUAAGGCAGGUGGCCGAGGGAAGGGCCAACCUAGGGGUCAAGGGAAGGCCGCCUCCAAUCAGACCAAACAGGCUGAGUGGGUAAAGGCAGGUCUUGAUCAAGACGUGUGGCGUGAUCGCCGAAUGCGUGGCGCUUGUAUCAACUGCGGAGAAUACGGACACACGCAGUGGAAGUGUCAGAACGCUUAGGUUACGCAAAAGGUUGCGCCAAAAGUUGGGGCAACUUAUUCCCAGGCUUCUAGCUCGGGAAACACGUGAGGCCAGUGGAAGUAGCAGCUGCUUCUACUCAAGAUGAAGUAGGAAUGAUACCCUCCCUACUUCAUGACAAGGCCAAGGCUAAUGACCCCUUAGUCACCCCGCAGACACAACUAGACCAAACUAUGCUCUGUACGUUAGAUGUGUCUGAAGCCUUAGAGGACUUGGAGAGUGAGUGGUCAAACAAGGACCCUCGCGAGUCUUGGGUGGCGCUGAGGAAAGGGCCUAGAGGGGAACAUUUCGUGGUGGAAGUGGAUGUAGGAGGCCGCAAAUGUGGUGCCUUCAUAGACAACGGAUCCACGCGAAAUUAUAUAAGUCGCGAUUGUUUGGAAAGGUUGCACCUACAGGACUGGGUACGGCACCUUAGUAGACCAGUAGCAUCUACUUUGGCCAACAAAGAGCGCAUGAUUGU